AUGACCGCCCCAUCUAGUGCCCACGCCACUCACCGACAGGCGGCUCGCGAUGCCUGGGAUUUAGUACUCCGGUCCCGCUUCGAUGUCGCCCCGAUCGGACUCGACCUCCUGGACAUAGAGCUUGAAGUGCUGCAGGAACAGCUCUUCGCUGCGCGUGCUCUGCGCAAUGCGCAUGCUAUGGCCUGUAAACUCCCGACCGAGGUUGUGACGUCAAUCUUCUUGUACACUCAGGCCGUAUGGAAGCCUAGCAGACAGCCGGGACUGAACGGAGAGCGUAUGACGUACGGAGCUGGGUGGAUGUCAGUUGCGAGAGUGUGCAGCUCCUGGAGAAAGGUUGCCCUCAAUACGCCUUGCCUGUGGACCAACCUCGAUUGCCUGAGCUUCCAUCCGGACUCCGUCAUGGAUAUCCUCUCACGUUCUAAGGCUCUGCCCUUGUCUUUGACUAUAAAAGGCAGUGCGGCGACGAAAAAGGCGCUGGAGGGUUGGCUUUGCGGCCCGGUUAACAGGCGUACGCGGCGGUUGACGAUUGCGGAGUGCACGCGAUUGCAGUUCUCCGGUUGGGUAGAGCUCCUUGACCCAGCAAUGCCGAAACUGGAGGUGCUCGACAUUAAUGUUGCAGUUGAGGGAGACGGGAACUUCAGCCAUCGCUUGCUUCCGGCGAAGUUCCUGGGAAGAUCGUGCCCCCCUCGCCUACAGAGCCUGUCGCUGUAUGGCAUUCUAUGUGGAUGGGAUUCACCGCUUUUGUCGCCUCGACUCACUCGGCUCCUAAUGUCGACGCCCGAGGACCCGAAUGUCCUUCCCUCUGAUCUCACCAACGUGCUGGCACCUCUCGUUAACCUCGAAUUAUUGGCAUUGUGGGGCAUCGUUCCUCCUUCAGCCGGCAACGUCCCCCUACCAGUCCCGCGAGAGUCGAAGCCACGCGUGCUUGACCUUAGGGCGAAUCAGUCUUCCCAAGCGCCCGGUAUACCCGCUUUCCUGGAACAACACAGUGCUUGGCCUGCAAGCAAUAUCACAAUCGUCACACGAUUUUCUCGGCCCGAUGAUGCACUAUAUAUCACCGCGACAGUUCCUUUACUUUUCUCGCCCCAUGAGAACAAGCCACUACCCAGUGAAUUGUUUCUCUCGCGCGGGUCGGUAUCUAUACUCUAUGGUGAAUGUUGGCCACGGCGCCAGUGGAAAACCAAACCCGAGCGCAUGAAUUUCUUCAAGUCUUCUUCGCCCGGCCCGUCGACUUUCUUCAGACAUCUCGACGUCAGCUAUCCCAAUGAUAACGUCUUGGGGUCAAUAGUGCCCCUACUUCCUCGCGAGACGCUGGAAGCCAUCUACGUAGGACACCCAGUGAAAUCAGCCAUCGACGGCGAAGAUGCGUGGAUUCGACACUUUUCGCCGGCAAAAAGUAUACGUCGCGUCGCUGGAUAUUACGUCGAUCUUCUUGCCCUUAUAUGCGCUCUCAGCGUGCAAGAUGACGGAUCGGACGGCCACUUCACGCUGUUUCCUGAACUUGAAGUCAUCAUCUUCCACGCUCUGGUGCCUCAGAACAAGGAGUUGGGGGCAAACAUGGGCAGCCAAGGAUCAGAGGAUGGAUCAGAGGCGUGGAUGCAAAACCAUGUGGCGUUUCUUGAUCUCCUAGCUGUACGCAAGGCGUACGGAAAGCCAAUCAAGGAGCUUAUGGUUGACAAAGCCAUGGAGGGGUGGAAGAUAUGGACCAUGCCCGCUCUUCUCGACGCUACAAGCAUCUCAUUCUUCUAG